AUGGACGACAGGAUUAGUUUGUUGCCGAAUGAAAUCCUUUCUCACAUUCUAUCUUUUCUGCCAACAGAAGAUGUUUAUGCCACAACUGUUCUUUCAAAGAGAUGGAUGCAUCUUCCCCUCCUAGUUCCCACACUCGACAUCAACGAUCAACGCUUUGUGCAAACCCGCAGUAAAUCCUAUCCCAACUUCGUGAUGAUGGUUUGUGCAACCCUUUUCGCACAUAUGGUACCAAGAUACAUUGAAAACAAGAUUCCUAUCACAAGAGUAACCAUUUCUUUCUACGCGGGAGUGGAAACUUCCCUUUUCAUUAAGUCUUUAACUGCGGUAGCAGAACGUGGAAUGACGCAUCUUGAACUCUUGGUAUACCUUCCACAUUCUCCUUGUUUCAUUUUCAGCUUUAGAACUCUUGUUGUUCUCAAGUUAAAAGAGAUAAUGUUUCAUGAUUUUUCUACUGUUGUUGAACUUGCAUCACUCAAAAUUCUUCGUUUGUUUAAAGUUUACUUCAAGAAACGACAGUAUCUUUGUGAACUUCUUAAUGGGUGUCCAAAUCUUGAAGAAUUUGAAGCAAAAGACUUAACUUUGUUGUAUGGAUGCGGGUUUCUUGGGGAUAAGGUUAAGUUUAUGAAGUUAUCCAAUUUGAUCAGGGCAGACAUUAAUAAUUUACAUCCUUUUUAUUAUGUUCCUCCUCUUACUGCCUUGUCGAACGUUCAGUUCCUGCGCUUGGAAGAGGUGUAUGAUCGUGGUGCUUUUUCCAAUUUAACUCACUUGGAGCUUGUGUUUGCGAAAAUGGAGGUUAAUUGGUUCAUGGUAUAUGGAAUGCUCAAUGAUUGUCCAAAUCUUCAAAGUUUUCUCUUUGACAAGCCUCAACUUCUGAAACCAUUGUACCACAGAUGGUUUGUGCCACCCAUUGUUCCGAAAUGCUUUUCUUCGCAGUUUAGAAAGUGUAAAAUAACAAAUUAUUAUAGAUGUGAAUUGAAAUUUGUUAAGUAUAUCAUCAAGAACUCAACAUCAAUACAGUCUGUGAUCCUCCACACCCCGCCUUCCUUAGAUCCCUUCGACAAGCUUGAAGUUCUGAAUGAAUUAUUCUCUGCUGUAGGAUGCUCUUCACAAUGCGAAAUUAUUUUUAUUUGA